GUCCUACGCUUUAAUGUUCAACACAACACAAAUGCAAAUUUUUUGUUCACUAGAAGGCUAGGGGACUUUAGUUAUUAAAUGAAAGGUUGUCAGAUAUGCGGUAUGGAUAAACAUAUGAGCACAGUGAAAAGCUUCAGAAUGCCUCUAGAAAUGGAUUUUGUACCAGUGCAACUAAAAAGAAACAUAAAUAGUUUCAUCUUGUUUACAUUGAUUUUCUUCACGUUUGUGAUCUUUUACAACUUUGAACUCUGUCUCAGGCCUGCUAAGACUGAAAAAUUGAACAAUGCUGUAACUCCAAAAAGCUGGAUGCAAACAAAAGCCACCGCAGCACCCGCUGUGACCAAACAAAUUUCCUUGCAAUAUCAUGUGGCUCAUCCACUCAAUUAUCAUUUCAUCCUCAACGAACCUAAUAAAUGUAGUCAGUGGGAUCCGUUCCUGGUCUUUAUGGUCCCCGUGGCCCCCCAUCAGCUGGAGGCUCGUAACGCCAUCCGGAGCACAUGGGGGAACGAGAGCUCAGUGCAGGGAAAAGCAGUGCUGACUCUGUUCUUGGUGGGUUUGUCUGGAGGAGCUGAAGCUCAACAGCAGCUGGAGGAAGAGAGUCGACAACACAGAGAUCUACUGCAGAGCGACUUUGUGGACUCCUACUUCAACCUGACCAUAAAGACCAUGGUGAUCAUGGACUGGUUGGCCACUCAUUGCCUCCAAGCAACUUAUGCUAUGAAGGUUGAUUCUGACACGUUCAUAAACCUGGAGAAUUUAAUGACCCUCCUUUUGGCACAAAACACACCCAGAGAGAACUACAUCACAGGUUUUUUGAUGUUGAACCAAAAUGUCGUUAGAAACAAUAAAUCUAAAUGGUACGUCUCAGAAGAGCUGUACCCUGAACAGAAAUACCCCACUUAUGUGCAGGGAGCAGGAUAUGUUUUCUCCAAUGACAUGCCGGAAAAAAUUUUGGAAAUUUCCAAGGAAGUAAAGCCCUUUAACAUAGAAGACGCAUAUGUGGGUGCUUGUCUGAAACGUUUGGGCUUUGCACCCUCAUCUCCCCCAGACCCUUCACAGUUUAAAAUCCGUAUGGGGCACUAUAAGCGAGAAGAUUUUCUCAAGAUUAUUUCAGUGAUGGUGGGAUCUCCACAGCAGAUAUUGAAAAUCUGGAAGGAUGUAAAGACUAAAAGUACUUGACCAGAAACAAGCAAAAAUGAAAAAUACUACAUUUACUAAAUGGUAAGUUUUACUUAAUAACAAUGUGUAUUAAGUAAAACUUACCAUGCAGAUUAAAUGUUAAAAUACUUUAAGAAUUCCAGAGCUAACAGCAAUUGGCCAAUCAGAACUCUGUACUGUAAGUAGCGGCACACAAGCUGUAACAAAUCAUUUGAGCAAAAUGAUUUAAGCUGAACUUUUUCAGUUUUAUUUUAAAGGAAGACAAGAGAAGGCAUGACUUUUCCUUGAUUAGAAUUGAAAGAUAUUUCUCUGAGAUAAUGAUAUUGUACUGUAUUUAUAACUGUGAGGGACUGAAAAACGAUAGGAGAGCUGACAGUAUAUCGAGUAUGUCAUAUUAGCAAACACGAAUGUGCUAUUAUUUUUUUUACAGUUCAGUGGUAAAGUUGUAUUUACAACACUGUUCCAGAACAGUUCAACACAAAUAUUAGAGUGUGUUUUGUGCAUUAAGGAGGUCUACUUCCUGAACCUGGGAGUAGCCAAUGCUUUCUGUGCACAGAGGCUAUGGGGCAAUUCUAACUCUGCAAGGACUGUCUGGUGCUUCUGACUCACAACCUGU